GCAGGAUAAUUGUCUUUGAUGCUGAGAAGGAAGUCUCCUAACAAUGAGUUCCUGGAACCUGGAUAAGAGGAGCUGUCUGCAGUACUGCAGGCAUUUCUUGGUAGACAAUGGCGUAUUUCAUGUUGAAAGAUGUAUGAGUGUAAUGCAGUCUGGGACUCAGAUGGUUAAACUGAAGAACGGAGCCAAAGGCCUUGUGCGUCUUUUCUACCUUGAUGAACACAGGACUUGCAUCAGAUGGAGGCCAUCUAGAAAGAGUGAAAAAGCAAAAAUUGUAAUUGAUUCCAUUUACAAAGUCACCGAAGGCCGGCAGUCAGAAAUAUUCCACCGACAUGCUGAAGGCAACUUUGAUCCAAGCUGCUGCUUUACCAUUUAUCACGGGAACCAUAUGGAGUCUCUAGAUCUGAUCACCUCUAACCCAGAGGAAGCUCGGACCUGGAUCACUGGACUGAAAUACCUGAUGGCUGGGAUAAGUGAUGAAGACUCUCUUGCAAAAAGACAGAGGACUCAUGAUCAUUGGGUGAAGCAGACCUUUGAGGAAGCAGACAAGAAUGGUGACGGUUUGCUAAAUAUCGAAGAGAUCCAUCAGUUGAUGCAUAAGCUGAACGUCAGCCUACCCCGGCGAAAAGUAAGACAAAUGUUUCAGGAGGCUGACACAGAUGAGAACCAAGGAACUUUAACCUUUGAAGAAUUUUCCGUGUUUUACAAGAUGAUGUCAUUAAGACGUGACCUCUACUUGCUGCUUCUGAGCUACAGUGAUAAGAAAGAUCACCUCACCAUCGAGGAAUUUGCUCAGUUUCUGAGAGUAGAACAAAAGAUGAGUAAUGUGACGACGGAGUAUUGUCUGGACAUCAUAAGGAAGUUUGAAGUUUCAGAAGAAAACAAGAGUCAGAAUGUUCUGGGCAUAGAAGGCUUUACCAACUUCAUGCGCAGUCCUGCUUGUGAUGUGUUUAACCCCCUACACAGCGAGGUGCAUCAGGAUAUGGAUCAGCCUCUUUGCAAUUAUUACAUUGCUUCUUCUCACAACACAUAUCUAACUGGAGACCAGCUACUCUCUCAGUCCAAAGUUGAGAUGUAUGCCCGAGUCUUACAAGAUGGUUGCCGGUGUCUUGAAGUUGAUUGUUGGGACGGUCCAGACGGAGAGCCUGUUGUGCACCACGGUUAUACUCUAACUUCCAAAAUCCUCUUUAAAGAUGUCGUGGAAGUGAUCAACAAAAAUGCCUUUACCAAAAAUGAGUUUCCUAUUAUAUUGUCUAUUGAAAAUCACUGCAGUAUUCAACAGCAAAAGAAAAUUGCUCAGUACCUAAAGGAGAUUUUUGGUGACAAACUGGACUUGUCUUCUGUGAGCACUGGGGAUUCCAAGCUGCUUCCAAGCCCUCAGAGUCUGAAAGGCAAAAUCCUAGUCAAGGGCAAAAAGCUCCCCUUUAGUCUUGGUGCAGAUGCUGAAGAAGGGGAAGUUUCUGAUGAAGACAGCGCUGAUGAAAUUGAAGAUGACUGCAAGUUAAAAGCUUCCUAUAGUAAUGGCACUACUGAACACCAAAUGGAAUCUUUUAUAAGGAAGAAACUUGAAUCCUUGAUAAAGGAGUCUCAGAUUCGGGAUAAAGAAGAUCCUGACAGCUUCACUGUGAGGGCACUGUUAAAAGCAACUCAUGAGGGCCUAAAUGUAAACUUGAAACAGAAUUCAGAUUUGAAAGACAUAAACAAGAAGUCACAUACUAAACUAAUGAGCAACUUUGGUAAACAUAAGAAGGCAGUUAAACCAAGGUCCAAAUCUCAUAGCACAUCAGAUGAUGAGGAUUCUCAACAAAACUGUUCUGGAAGGGAAUCUGGACAGCUCUGCAGGUUGGGUCGGCGGAGAAAAACAAUGAAGCUGUGCCGUGAUCUUUCUGAUUUAGUGGUGUACACAAAUUCUGUGGCGGCUCAAGAUAUUGUUGAUGAUGGAACUUUUGGGAACGUGUUAUCCUUCAGUGAAACAAGAGCUCACCAGGUUCUGCAACAGAAAGUAGAACAGUUUAUGCUUUACAAUCAGAAACAGCUUACCAGAAUCUAUCCAUCUGCAUAUCGAAUUGACUCCAGCAAUUUCAACCCUUUACCUUAUUGGAAUGCUGGCUGCCAGCUGGUGGCAUUAAACUACCAGUCUGAUGGACGUUUGAUGCAGUUGAACCAAGCCAAAUUCAGAAUGAACGGCAACUGUGGAUACAUCCUGAAACCUCAACAGAUGUGCAAAGGUACAUUUAACCCAUACUCAGGAGAUCCACUUCCUGCUCUCCCUAAGAAGCAACUUAUACUUAAAAUUAUCAGUGGGCAGCAGCUACCAAAACCUCCUGAUUCCAUGUUAGGAGACAGAGGAGAGAUCAUUGAUCCAUUUGUUGAAGUGGAAAUUAUUGGGUUACCAGUUGACUGCUGCAAAGACCAGACCAGAGUAGUAGAUGACAAUGGUUUUAAUCCUGUUUGGGAAGAAACUCUCACUUUCACUGUCCAUGUGCCUGAAGUAGCAUUAGUCCGUUUUCUGGUUUGGGAUCAUGAUCCAAUUGGACGAGACUUUGUUGGACAAAGAACUGUAGCUUUCAGCAGCCUGUUACCUGGCUAUCGUCAUGUUUACUUAGAAGGACUGACUGAAGCCUCUAUAUUUGUCCACAUAACAAUCAAUGAAAUUUAUGGAAAGUGGAGUCCCUUAAUCCUCAACCCCAGUUAUACUAUAAUGCACUUUCUAGGAGCCACAAAGAGCAAGCAGCUGAUAGGACUCCGAGGGCUUUUUAACAAGAAUUCCAAACACAGUUCAGUGGAAAAUGGUGGUCACCACGUUCGAAAAAGAUCGAUUGGGGAACGAAUUCUCCGACGUACAGCCAGUGCCCCGGCAAAGGGCAGGAAAAAGACCAAAAUGGGCUUUCAGGAAACCACUGAUGUUAAAGAGAGUGUAUCUGAGGCAAGAGAUUCGAAACAAAGGGAUGGAGUUUUAAGACGCACCAGCAGGAGUUUGCAAGCACGUCCUAUAUCCAUGCCAGUUGACAAAUACCUUCUAAUGGGUUUACAAUCGGAAGAUCAAGAAACUGCUGCAGAUGCUACUUACGCUGGAAAUACCUCUGCAGAAAAUAAAAAUAAUGCAAGUGAAGAUCAAACGAAUGUAAAAGAAGCAGUCUCUUCUUGCAUUGAGAAGGUUUCAUCUUCUACAAAGUUUGCAUCUCUACUCAAGCAGAAUGCUCCUACAACUGGUGACUAUGCCACUUCACCUUUAUUUGAAAAACCAGCUUGUCUAGACUUUGCAACUGGAAUAGCUGAAACCUAUUUCUCCACUGAGUAUUGGAAGAGUAAUAUUUCCAGCGAGACUGUUCAUCCAAAGGAGGAAAUUGAAAAAGAAAAAAAUGAAGAAACACAUUGUAUCGCUCAAAAGACAUUGAAGGAUGCUGGACUGUACAAAGAAGAGAGCAAAUCCACAGCAGAAAUUCCUGUUCUUCAAGGAGAGCAGGAAACUAAUAAAUCUCAUACAAUUGUGAAUAGUGCUUUAAGUAGUUUAACCAGUGCAUCUACAGCUACAUGCGAUUAUGUCAGUGACUUUCAUUCCACACAAGCCAUGCAAGAUGGUGACAUUUCAUGCCUCAUUAAUGAGGUCUCUUUGACUAAUGAGAGUGAUGUGGGUAGUUCUGUCUCAGGUCUGAUAGAACAGUUUGAAGUUACAAAUAACCAAACUAAUUUAACAACUGAUUCAGAUUCUCCUAGAACAAGCAACAAGACCAGUAGUAUGAAGUCUCCACUUCUAUCAUCUAUAUUACCCAGUGAUCCAAAUACAGCUUUUGACCCCAAGGCUACCAGCAGAACAUCUGAUGUGCCAUCACAUUUAACAUCAGAAAUAACUUCAUUGCCCAGCCUGGAAACAACAGAAUGUUCUCUCUUUACAAUUAUCCAUGAGGCCUCUCUUUCUCCAGCUUCCAACUAUGAAGCAGUGGGCAAUCUUUCUUGUAAAGACAAACCACACUGUAUAGAAGGCACUUGUGCAGUGCUUUCUAGCAUUCCACCUACUGGUGCACUAAUAACAAACCCAAAAAGGAAAUGUGGGACAAACUGGGAAGCUAUUGGUAAUAGCUGCCUUUCUGACAGCUCAGACUUGGAGGACACAAUAGCUGUCCCUUUCACAUGUGUGAAUUCUACAGGCAGUAGUCUAAUGGAAGUUGAUGGGGAACUGCAAGAUCUCUUGAUAACUACAUAUGAAUAUAAGAGAGAAGAUAUGAGCCAGCUUGCUUCUCCUUUGAAGCUCAAGUCUAAUCAGGACAUUGUAACUUACAAAGAUAGACUUGUCCAGAAUAUAAACAGUGAGGGACUCUACGGUGCUCAUGUAGGUAAGGAUUUCAAGUUUAGGAGUGAGAACAGUCAGCGGUUUCUCCCUUCAGAGUAUCAAAGUGUUGCUCUUAUGUACAAUAAUUAUUUGCCAAUGCCAGAUGCACAAAAUGACUCCUUAGACAUCUCUCAGAGACCUAGCAUGGAGACUACUCCUACAUCCAGGAAUGCUGUACCUUACACUUCUCCCACAGCUCCAAAACAGCCAAGUCCUUGCAAAUCCAAGAGUCUUGGAGACUUAACUUCAGAAGAUAUAUCCUGUAAUUUUGAGAGCAAGUACAAGUACAUCAGUAGAGGUUUUAUUACAUCUGGCAUGAGAGAUAAGAUGGUGGCAGCUCUGAAGGCAAAGAGACCACAGUCUUCGGAUUCGCUGACUGAACAGCUGCGAAAACUGCUGUCUUUUGACCAGGAAGAUGGUUGCCAGUCAUUUUGUUCUAAGCAGAAUGAUGACUGUCCUAAAAUGUUGGUUCGAAAAUUGUCAUCUAGGAGUCAGAGCAGAGUGCGUAACAUUGCUAGUCGUGCCAAGGAAAGGCAAGAAGCCAACAAGCAGAAACUUUCCAAUUCUAGUAGCAAUGUAACGGGAGUAGUACUUAGAAAUAAGCCCUCUGUAUCUCCGCACACGAUCAAUAGGCAUUCCACUGGCUCUUACAUAGCAAGCUAUCUGAACAACUUCAGUGCAGAUGAUCUGGAUGGCCGAGGUAUCCCUGAAGGUGCAUGUACAUCUUUGUGCUAUGGGUACAAUGACCGGUUUUGUACAGAUGACUCUCUUCUGGAAACCAAGCCAAGUGAUGAUGAUAAACCAGAAAUUUAUUUCCUUCUGAGACUGUAAAUUGUAUAAAUGUAUAUCUUCAUUGUUUACAAGCUUUCUCACUGAAUGAAGGGUUAUCAGUAAACAGUGCAGCCAUUAGCAUUUAAAUUGCUCAGAAAUGCAUUUUUGCUUGUUUUGAGUCUUGUCAUGAAUUAAUGUCUCCAUUUCUAUCAAAGUGUGUGUAAAUAGAAGCUGUUAAACAUUAUGUAUAUGUGCUUCCCUGUUUUAAAAAUGAUACACAAGGCAUUAGCCAAGGUGUGGUUGUUUGCAUGCAGUCAUGAUGUCCUGUAUUUGAAACAUAUAUACAACCAUCAGUUACAAAACAACAACAAAAAACCACCACCCAGUUGCACUUGAUGCGGUAUUUUUUUCCUGUGUAUCCAAAUAAUGUUGCUAUGUUUAGGGCUUUAUACAAGGGUUGCCUUAUGGCCACUAUGAUUUUUUUUUAACCAUUACUUAAUUAUUUCGUCACUGGAGAAACUGAAAAGAAGGUGCCCUAGAAAAAUUUGCUGUUAGCUACUCACUUCUGUAUGUACCAGAUGAUCAUAAUACUGGAAAACUUAGGAAACUAAAUGGUGUGUACUGAUAAAAGCAGAAGCAGGACCCAUACUGCAGACUUAUGCUCUAUAAAGUAAAAUGAAAAAGAUAUGAAAAUAAAAAAACCCCAAAUUUUAAAUUCAGCAUCUUUUAUUCACAUUCUGAAUUUUCAAAUGCAACUUCUAAUUUUUAAAGAAAUGUAAAAAAAAAAAAACCCACAGAAAACUUAAAACACCUUAGUUGCUGUUACAAGGAAACACUGCCAAUAUAAGUGAUACUGUUUAAUUUGGUGCAUAUAUGGAGUAUAUGAUAGGCACUUGGAUUCUUACAUGAAAAGGAACUGCCAGUCUCUCUUCAGUGUUGCAGUUGCAUGUGCAUGGAAGACAGUGCGCCUCCGCCCCUACUCUGAAGUGAAAGGAAUUAUCAGUUACUCACACAAAGUUCUAUAGCGCAUAUAGAUCCUUGGGGACUUUUGUUAUGUAUUCUGUUUUAGUUGGUUGCUGGAUUUUUUUUUCACCUUUGCUUUUUAGGAGUUCCAAAUCUGCACUGCAUCACUAAAACAGCCAGAUGAUAAAGGACUAGUACUGAUUUUUAUUAACCCUGUUAUCUGCCUGCCCUGUGGACAUUUGGUUGACUUUAAACUAACAUGCUGGAUAAAAUGCCCUGCUAUACUUUAAGAUAGCUGUCCUAGAUGAAUGCCUUCUAAAGUGCUAUGGAGGAUUUGUCUUCUUCACUCGGUUGCAUGACUGUGCAAACAAGUGCAUUCUGCUUCUGUGGAAAGAGUGUUUAAUCUUGUCAUCAACAAUUAAUUAAGGACCAGCCAUUUUUCUAGGGCUUUCUCUUUGGGCUAGGAGAUAAUUGCAUUCUGUGACUAUAUACAAGACAGCACUUUAGCAGCCUCUAGUGACAGACAUUAAACAAUGAAAUCUAACAACCCAAAGGAAAAUCUGAUUAUUCCUGCGUUCCUCUCUUAUCAAAAAGGAUGCUAACUUUUUUAAGCGUACAGGAGUUUAUAGUGGUCCAGUGCAAAUGAAACCUUCCCUUGUCUUUGAACUGCAAUACAUCAGUCUUCCUUUUUUCUUGUUGCUUCCAUGGUUAGUGUCAUAAUCCGUAUCAGCAUUUACCAUGAUUAAUACUAGCCAGGAUUAUCCGUAUCACCAGAGUGUGAAGCCUGAGUUUUGAAACAGGCUUGCCCGUUCUGGUUGCUAAUGAACCUGUUUAAUAUUAGCCAUGGUUGAAGGUGAUUCAGAUGUAACACUACCCCAUAGUUAAAUCAUUCAGGGAGGGUGGAUUUUGUCGAGAAGAAAAGAAGGAUGCUCACAAGCUGAAAGGCAGCCCUUUAUACAUAUCCUAAAACACACUCACAAUUCAAAGAACAGUUAUCUUCCUGACACUUUUUGUCCUAUGGCAGUUUUAACAUUUUUUUCUGGUGUCCUUUACUUAUUCAUCUGAGAAUGGGCAUCAUUGACACAAAGCAGUUUUUUUCUAAGGGAAGAUGUUGUGUUCUGCGUUCCUUCUCUAUCUUCAGUUGUGUAUGUAAUUGAAAUGACAGUGACAAAGUGAUACACAGCUAAGCCACGUUGGUCUGCACGUGACAGGAAAAAAAGCUAGGCUUUUUAAUCAUCCUUUGAUUUUGAGACAAGGGCUUUUUUCAAUUUAAUGCUGGAAAAGAGUGUGAUUUUUUUUUAAACUGUCCAAACUAUACCCUGCAGGCUAGAAUAACACAGUGUUGUCUAGGAGGUUGUUUUGUUUGUAUGAUACAUUUUUGUUCAUUGAAAAAGACAUGUAUCUCUUACCUCCUUUUUUUGUAAUGCAGGAUAUUAUUUGUAUCCAUGAAAGAGCAACAUUAAAAAACAUUUUUAAGCA